AAUCACAGAAACAGAGAGAGAGAGAGGGAGAGCAUUUUUCUAACACCGUUCCCAGCAGCAUGAUCCUUAGUGUUGAUCAUGUUCAGCUCAUUUCUCGCUUCACUUUCGGUAAGAAAACGGAUCGGAAAAGACCGGUGCGUGGCACGGUGCAAAAACUAGAUCGGAUCGUGUUAAAAGACGUGCGUGAGAAAAGAUUGUGUAGUGCUGGUGAAAAUAGUGAAAAAAUUUGGCGAAGACAAUCGAACUGUUACGGAGGGAAUCACGGCGCUAAACUGCGAUCAAGAUGGAAGAAGUUACCACCAAACCUACCAUGGACGCGCCAGUGAUCAGUAAUGGCGAACCCCGGAGCAAUGCGGAAGCGAAAAAACUGCUGCGAGAAGACAAGCAGCGCGAGGCAAAGAUUGAGGAGCAGCUGUCCAAAGCACUGAGCGGUAUGACACUGGACGAAAAGUAUGCAGCCGUCCACAAGCGCUUGGUCGAUUCGGAGAAGGAAAAUCGUCGCCUGAUUGCACUGCACAAGCAGUACGAUCGUACGCUGGAAGCGUCGAAGCGCGAGAAGGAAAACCUCAUCCUCGAGCACGAUAAAAUGGCCAUGACGAAGACGAAGCUGGAAGGGUUGUGCAGAGAGCUGCAGCGCCAGAAUAAGACGAUCAAGGAUGAAAGUUUGGCGCAGAUUCAACAGGAGGAGGAAAAGCGGAAACAGACGCAGGAAAAGUUCCAACAGUCGCUCAAUGAAAUACAGGUGGUGAUGAACGAGAAUAAUGACAAGAACAUGAAGCUGAAGGAGGAUAACAUGGAGAUGGCUAAAAAGUUUAAGUUCAUACUCGAGCAGUACGAACUUCGGGACCAGCAGAUGGAUAAAAUGAACAAACAGAUGGAGCUGGUCACUCAGCUGAACGAUGCGAAGCUGGCCAAACUGCAGAUGCAAGCCAACAGCGAAAAGGAACAAUUUCUCGCCGAGAAGCUUGUGCUAAUGACUGAGCUGCAGAAGGUGAAGAAGCAGUUGGCCGACCUGCAAACGGUUGAGACGCAUUUACGCGGCCAGGUCACCAUGUACUCGGACAAGUACGGCGAGUUCCAGGACUCGCUGAAGAAGAGCAGAAGCAUUUACGAAGGCUACCAGGAGGACAUGAAAAAGAUGUCGAAAAAGAUGAAAACCCUCGAGAAGGAAACGAUGGCAUGGAAGUCGCGAUGGGAAACGAGCAAUGCCACCGUACAGAAGAUGCUGGACGAUCAGAUUGAGCGUGAAAAGCAGCUCACCAAAACGACCCGCCAGCUGACGAAUCUGCAGAAACUGUGCCGCACCUUACAGGCCGAACGGGCCACCUAUCUGGCCGCGCUCAAGGAAGGCAACAUACCGAUCCCGUCGUCCGACGGCGGCGUGGUGGUGGAUCAUGCGGAACCGACGGAUAAAGUGACGAACGGCAAGGAAGAGCCUGUUGCCCAGGAGCAGCAAUCCAAUGACAAUCAUCUGAAUGGGCACGCGACUGAUGAUGCGUUAAAAGCAACCGUAACGGAGGACCAAGCACCGCCGGUGUCGACGUAGUUUAAGUGCGCACGUUGAUUUUUGUUUGGCUUCCCCGAUCGUAACAGUUAGCCCCUGUGUUCAGCCGCGCUAGAGUGUUCCUGCAGAACCCUUUUUUAAUUUAUUGCACGUGUGUUUAAUUUGCAAAUAAGAUCAGGAUUUUGAUCCGUAUUUCUUUCACCGAACGUAGCAUCGAUAAACUUUGAAACAGGAAUAAAUCUUAAACCCUCAUACCAACCACGA